AUGUCGACAAUAAAUCGGGAGUUGGCAGAGGGGCAAGAGGGCGACGACGACAGGAGGUUAACACAGGACUUUAUAUUGGAUUCGUGCACAGAGUUGCUUGGGAGGAUGCAUUGUAAUGCUAAAUCCUCACUGCAAUAUAAGAACAACAUGUCUACUUUAACGUGGAAGGUCAUGGGGAUGAGGAUGAAGAUGGAGAAGUGGGGGGGGGAUGGGAGGAUGGAGUUUGUUGACGAUAGAAUGGGUGGGGGAUGGAUUGGAGGGGGAGCUCAUGAUUGUGGGAUGAUGGAUGGUGAUAUUAAUUCUUCGUUUGGUGCGACGGUCGAUGAAGAGGAGGAGGGGGGUGUGGUGGACGUAGGUUGUGGACCUGGCUAUAAUAUUAAUAGCCAGUUUCUAGAGACGGACGGGGACUCGCUGUUUGAUAGCAGCGAGGGGUUGUCUGUGACUUCUCAUCACGGGCUUGAAUCUGGCGAUUCCGAUCUGUUGUUUGAUGCAACAAGGGGUCUUCAUUCUGGGUCAUUUUCCAGUUAUGACCAACCGGUAGGGUUUAUGCCCAUAGAUAUGUACCACGGGUUGGUUUCUGGUGUUGAACCCUCUCCCAGUGGUCAGGUAAAGGAUGGUUAUGCGACACAUUCUGGCGAACAUUUGAUGUUAGCAGUGGAUUCUGAUGACAUGUCGCCUGUAGCGGUUAAUGAGACCACCAAAUGGACUCCGCUUCAAUUUGGUCAUGCAACGGCAGCUUGUGCGGCUGGUGGUGAUGUGGAUACCCCUGAUGUCCGUAGCAGCAGGGGCGGUGGUUUAAGCGACAACGUUGGCGAUCGUGAUCAUGAGCUGCGGGGUAUGUUACUAAAUUCUGGUAGUUUAGUAGCGUCGAAGUUUGGGUUAGGGUCACAUGCGGUAAGUUCAGAACUCUUACCGAUAUCUUUGCCUUCGACUGGAAGCGAAAUAUCGUUGCAAGACUUGUCAACGCCCAAAAAUGAUAUGGAUGUUUCGCCACAAAAAACGACUACUACAGUGGGGGUAGCGUUGAUGACCGUUCCCUCCAGGAAGCCUGUGACAGCGGUUAAUUCCAGCCCACUGGCUGUGGCUGCAAAUAUCCCUUCGUUAAUAUCCGGACAUGACGGAGUUACUAGUAGACGUGGUUCUCAGCAGCAGAAGUUCGUGCGGAAAAAGGCUUUUACCAAAUCAUCACCAUCUGUGAGGUCUAACAUAUCUCUGGGUGUAUAUAACGGGUCUGCCCAUAAUUUGGCUCCAUCCUCAGUUUCCGCUAACAAAACACAGUCUGAUCCUUCACAUCAAAGAAGUAGUAAACCAAUCUUAAAAUCAGAUACUAAAUGUACAAACUGUCACACAAAGACAACUCCUUUAUGGAGGAGAGAUCCACAAGGAAACCCCCUGUGCAAUGCAUGUGGUCUAUUUUUGAAAUUACAUGGUGUGGUGCGUCCUCUUUCUCUAAAAACAGAUGUUAUUAAAAAACGCCAAAGGUCAUCCAAUAGAAGUUCGUUAGGCUCAUCCAAGAAUUCGAGCGAAUCUCCAAAGAAUAAUAAUAGUAAUAGUAAUAGCAAUAAUGGGUCAGGCUUAUCCCCUUCAAAGGAUUUAUCGAUAACUGGAGCACCACAACGACAAGGCGCAACUUCAUAUGGCAGCAAUUUGGGGAGAAGACCACCAGCUAUGAAGAAGCCAUCUUCGAAUAAGUUGCUAACGCUUACGUCUAAUCAACAAAAUUCUCCAAUAGGUGCGGUUAAUUCGGUACCUGGAAUCUCUCCUGGAGUUCAGCAAUUUCAGUCUCCAUUCCUAAAUGACGUAGGUAAUGGGCUGUCUGCAGCGAAUAAUAUGGUAACAGAUCCUUUAACUAACGCUACAAAUAAUGACGGUCUAAGCCUUUAUCUGUCCACAGAACAACAAGUGCUUAGCAAUGAACAAUAUCCAGAGAAUUCUGGAGGUCCAAAUUGGGAAUGGCUGACCUUGAGUUUAUAA